AUGCGACACUAUUUGGAAGGUUACGAAUUUACCAGCACCGAUCCCCAGAGAAAAGAAGACGAUGACAUAUUCCAGGAGACAGUACUUGUGAUCGAUUCGCAGAACGAUCCAUGGUACCAAAAGUUAAUUCAGGGAAUCAAGGAAAGCCCAGAGAAUUAUCCGGAAUUCAUGAUUAAAAAUGAAAUGGUUUAUAAGCAUGUUCACCAUGCGGUAAACUACAAUGAACGACAAGACGCCUGGAAAUUGUGUAUACCACAAGGAAUGAGAAGGGAAAUUAUCAAAGAGAAUCACGAUGAUGAAACAGCCGGACAUCUGGGAAUAGCUAAGACCCAAAAAUACGUCAGGAGUUGUCAAAGUUGUCAACAAUUCAAGGCACGACAACAACCACCACCAGGAAAGAUGGGAACUAUCGAGGCGACUAAACCUUGGGAAGUUGUCGCAAUGGACAUUGUUGGACCAAUGACAAAAUCAUAUAAAGGAAAUUGCCAUUUACUAGUCAUCCAGGAUAAAUUUACCAAAUGGAUAGAAUUACAACCAAUGAAGAAAGCAACCACGGAAUUAAUUACGGAAGCAAUGAGAAGACAAGUAAUAACCCGUUUCGGAAGUCCAAAAACAAUAAUCACGGAUAACGGAACUCAGUUCACGAGUAAUAUGUUUACCGAAGCAUUGAGGACAUAUGGAAUCCAACAUAUAAGAACUCCACCGCAUUCACCUCAAUGUAAUCCAGUGGAAAGAACAAACAGAGUAGUCAAGACAAUGAUUGCUCAAUUCAUAGGAGAUUCGCAAAGAACUUGGGACCAACACUUGCCUGAAUUAGCCUUUGCAUAUAAUACAGCAAAGCACGAGACAACACAAUUCACUCCAGCUUACUUAAACUAUGGAAGGGAGUUGAAUCAACCAGCGGACAUGAGGACACAACUGGAAACCGAUCAAGAAACAGAGGAACCCGACAAUAUUCAAGAUCGAGUUAACCAACUACAGGAGGCUUAUGAGUUAGUAAAACUCAAUAUAGCCAAAGGAUUUACAAAACAGGCCAAACACUAUAACAAGAAAAGAAGUGACUGGGAACCUAAAGUUGGAGAUAAAGUAUCUAGGAAACUCUAUACUUUGUCAUCAAAAGAAGGACAAAUUUCGACUAAACUAGCUCCGAAAUACCAAGGAGAAUUUAUAAUUAUUGAGAAAAUAAGUCCAGUAAUAUUUCUAAUUCAAGGAAUAGAUGGAAACGUCCAUAGGACUCAUAUAAAAGACUUAAAACCGUAUAAACAAGAAGAAAUUGAAAUUAUUCAAUUUGAAUCUACCGCCAAAAAUUCAUCGGAGUACCCGGACCAAUCAGAGAGCAGCGACGAAAGUCAAGGAGAAGUGGAAAAUCCAAGACAUGCGCAGAGGCAGUGCGCAUGGUGUACGAAAACGAACCAAUCAGGGAAGACUUACCCCCAACCCAGCCGCAGAGGGCAAUGUAGAAGGGGAAGACACGGAACACCUGCUAUAAGAAGCCCGACAGUCACGGAUGAAACUCAUUCAAGCAACAAGCAGCAAAGUGUCAGGAUGUCUAAGAGAGGAAGAAAGGAAUCAAGUUCAGAUGAGUCGUCAACCCAGGAGUCGGACGUCUCCAGGGAUUUGUACUCUCCAACGAGUUCGCCAAAAGCUGACCCAUCGUCAGCGGAAUCCAGCCCGGAAUCUAGUCAGGAAUCCAGCCAGGAACCUAGCCAGGGAGAUGUGUUAAACAAAAAUAAACCAAAAGAAGAACUAAACAAGAGUACAACGACCAAAAAGGAACCAGCCAAGGCGCAGGAUACAGGAAAUGACGAGGAAAAGGUGAAAGUACCUCACCGAAUCCCCAAGGUACUUCGGAAAAUCCAGUCAGUAGUCCAGCCAGUGAUGCAAGAAGUCACCCAGCCAAAGCCAGCAGUAAUUCAAAUCAAUACGAUUGAUUUCUCAAAGGAGGAUAAAAUUGAGAAAGACAAAACAGCUGCCAAGCUGAGAAGGCGGCAAAGAGUGGAGGAAACAGCUAGGAGAAAUAUCAUGAAAAAGGAAGCUCAGAAACUUAGAGAGCAAAAUGCGAGUAUAACCAAGCGAACAGAAGAAGAUAAAUCUAAUUAUCUUAGUAGAGGCAAGGAGAAUGAUGGAAACCGAAAGCAGACCCAGAGGGUGCCAAAGGUAUCCAAAAUUGUCCAUACGGAGGACCCAAGAAUCAAGUGGAAAUUAGUUCCAAUUGGGAAGGAGUACAGAGACCAAGGAACACAGACGGAAUUAAUUAUAAUCAACCCCAAGAGGAAAUAAUACCCCUGUUGUUCCAAUAACCGUUUUUUUAAAUAUUUAUUUUAUGAUUUUCAUUUUUUUAACUAUGUUCAAUUUUAUUAUCUUAGUAGAA